AGGGAGAAGCCCUUCAGGUGCUUGGAAUGUGGGAAGAGCUUCGGCCGGAGCUCCACCCUCCUCAGCCACCAGCACAUCCACACUGGGGAACGACCCUACACGUGUAGGGAAUGUGGGAAGAGCUUCAGGCAGAGCUCCACCCUGAUCGCCCACCAGCGCAUCCACACUGGGGCACGGCCCUACACGUGUGGGGAAUGUGGGAAGGGCUUCAACCAGAACUCCCACCUGAUACAACACCAGCGCAUCCACACUGGGGAACGGCCCUACACAUGUAGGGAAUGUGGGAAGAGCUUCAGGGAGAGCUCCAAGCUCCGCAACCACCAGAACAUCCACACUGGGGAACGGCCCUACAUGUGUAGGGAAUGUGGGAAGAGCUUCAGGGACAGCUCCACCCUCCACACCCACCAGCGCAUCCACACUGGGGAACGGCCCUACACGUGCUUGCAAUGUGGGAAGAGGUUUCAGAUCAGCGCAACUCUCCUCAGGCAUGAGCGGAUUCACACAGAUGAGAGGCCCUUCCGCUGCACCGACUGCGGGAAGGGCUUCAAACACAACUCCACCCUCGUCACUCACCGGCGCAUCCACACUGGGGAGAGACCCUACAAGUGUGGGGAAUGUGGGAAGAGCUUCAGCUUCGGGGACAACUCCAACCUGAUCCAACACCAGCGCAUCCACACUGGGGAACGGCCCUACACAUGUAGGGAAUGUGGGAAGGGCUUCAACCAGAACUCCAACCUGAUCCAACACCAGUGCAUCCACACUGGGGAACAGCCCUACAUGUGUGGGGAAUGUGGGAAGAGCUUCACGUGCAGCUCCAAACUCCUCAGCCACCAGCUCAUCCACACUGGGGAACGGCCCUACAAGUGUGGGGAAUGUGGGAAGAGGUUUCAGACCAGCUCACAUCUCCUCCAGCAUGAGCAGACACACACAGAGGAGAGGCCCUUCCACUGCACCGACUGCGGGAAGGGCUUCAAACACAACUCCACCCUCGUCAAGCACCGGCGCAUCCACACUGGGGAGAGACCCUACAAGUGUGGGGAGUGUGGGAAGAGCUUCAGGGAAAGCUCCCACUUGACCCAACACCAACGGACCCACCAGUAA